AUGAUAAGUAAAAGAUUCUUUAGUUUAUCACAAAUAUAUUCAAAUUCUUCUACUUUUUCAUUUAAUAAUAUAUUUAAUUAUUUACCUAAAAAGGAUACAAAUUUAGAAUCAAAAACAACUACAAAUUCAAAUGUUUUAAAAUCAAGUGUUAUAACAGUUGAUGAUUUUACAACAAAACCUGAAACAAAACAUAAACCAAGAAUUAAACCCAAAUCAAAGCAAUCAACUUCAAAAUCAUUAUAUAAAAAAUCAACUCAUCCAACUUCAGUUCCACUUUCAAAAAUUUUUAGUAAUAAUUUUCCUUUAAGUUUAUCAGAAUCUAUUGAACAUUAUAAAUUGAGAAAUGAUUCUUUAAAAUUCCAACAUGAUUUGCUAUCAACUUUACCAUUCUAUCCUAAUGCUGAUAAAUUAGGUAGAAAUUCACAAGUAUUAAAAGUGCCAAUAGAUGAUAAAGGGAACUAUAUAAAUGAAUUUGUAAUUUAUCCACCUGGUAAAUCAGAAAAUGAUCUGAAGAAUUUAAAACAUUUAGUAAUGAUUCAUGGAUACGGAGCAGGUUUAGGAUUUUUCAUAAAAAAUUUCGAUGAAAUUGCAACAAGGAAUGAUUGGUGUAUUCAUGCUAUUGAUUUAUUUGGGUAUGGAUCAAGUUCAAGACCUCAUUUUCAUCCAAAAAAUUUAAAAGAAGUUGAAGAUUGGUUUUUUAAUUCUUAUGAAUCCUGGUUUAAACAAAAGAACAUUGAUAAAUCAAAUCUAUUAAUUAUGGCUCAUUCAAUGGGUGCUUAUUUAAUGGCAUAUUAUGGGAUUUAUAGAGAUCCAAAUUUUUGUAAAAAGAUAUUAAUGGUAUCACCAGGUGCAAUAUUAAAACAUAGAAAACAAAUACCUAUACCAGGAUACUUCAAAAAAUUAUGGGAAAGGAAUAUUUCUCCUUUUUCAAUAGUUAGAAAAUCAGGAGUAUUAGGUUCAAAAUUAGUUAGUGGUUGGUCAUCAAGAAGAUUUGCAAAAUUGUCAAUAAAAGAAUCCAAUUUAUUACAUAAAUAUUCUUAUGGAAUUUUUCAAGGUAAUGGAUCAGGAGAAUAUAUGUUAAAUUAUUUAUUGGCUCCUGGAGCAGAUGCGAGACAUCCUUUAAUUGAAAAAGGAAUUCAUAAAUUAAAUUGUAAAAUGUCUUGGUGGUAUGGUGAUGGUGAUUGGAUGGAUAAAAAAGGUGGUCAAUUGUGUUCAAAUAUUAUUAAUAAUCUUUCGGGUACUAAAAAAAGUGAUGUCAAAAUUAUUAAUAAAAGUGGUCAUCAUAUUUAUCUUGAUAAUAUUAAUAAAUUUAAUAAAGAAGUUCUAAAAGAAAUGGAUAGUUUAGAGAAUUAA